AUGGAGCAAGGCACGACAAUCAAGGAGGACCCAGGAGACACCAUCACCACGAUGAGUCAAAUUACUGAUGGGAUCAUCUCCCCAGCCAGCGGCGCCGCUCGUAGAUUCGCCGAAACUUCCGAGCUGAUCAUCCCAAUGGGCAACAAUUUUCCCAACGAAGACCUCUACAACCUCUGCCUGGUCAACACGAGAUUCAAUGCGAUCUUCUCACAGCAGCUUUACCGAAACAUCGUCCUGAAUGAAAAGUUCCUUCAGCCCAACAAUCUCGUUUGGAGCCCCAGCAACCGUCGCUUCUGCCACACGAAAACUCUGACCUUCGAUGAGACUACCGAAGUCGAUGUCUCCCUCAUCCCUGGGUACGAGCCCAGCGAUGGUGGUCCCUCGCUAGGUCGUCUGCCCGAAUGGAUUUGCGCCUUGGUUCAGAAGACAGCAACUGGCGUCUUGCGCAAUUGCCCAAACUUGCACACCAUCAAUCUGGAUAGUAUUCUCAUCACAUCUGAUCGAGCCGUACUGAUCAUAAACAAUGGCCUGGAUGACAGACUGAAGCGUUCCACCCAUCAAUUACAAACGUUGGCCUUGAGCUUGGACGCUUCCCCGUGCCGCGAGCUCUCUGUGUCCAGUUUCCAGCAGCAAAACCUCAAGUCUCUCUCCCUGGUCAACAUACCCACGAGAUUCUGGAGGGCGGAGACUGUAUGCCGGAUUCUGAAGGCGUCCCCUGGACUCCGCUAUCUCAGCCUGUCCUAUUUGUUUGGUUUCAACCAUGCGUGGCACCUUGAGAGACUCUGUGAACUGUACAAGCAGCUUGGAGGCGCCCCUCUCAGCCUGGAAACUCUGAUUUUGGGAGAGGGAAUUUACCUGCACAUCCCAAAGCAGGAACUUUUGUCCGGCACAGGAUUGAGUCUGUCAUCUUCGGCAACCUAUCUUUCCCUCCUGACAAAUCCUGCCUCCAUACGAGAGAUCGGCGUCAUUGCAACCAAUACACUCGCCUGGGGCACCUUUGAUUUAUCCUUUCUUCCCAAACUCAAGGAGUUUCGGCUUUCUUCAGGACCUGUCGCCUCCCGUACAAUUGACGAUUUCUUCGGAACGGUCAAAGCCCGCAAUCUUUUGACUCGGGUUCACUUUCACGUUGACGGCUGGUAUUUCACUAACUACCCCAAUACCAAAGCCAUGAUACGGAAAAUCUUUGCUCCUCGUGACGAGAACGAUGCAUCCACCUCCUUGGCUCCAGUAGGCUUUUCCUUCCCCAUCAGAUUCCCAGAGGAAGACAAAUACAAGCGGAGCAUUGCUAUGCCUUUGCCGACAACUCGUUUUCUCGAUAUCGCCAUCUACUACCCUCGACUUGUUGGAUUUGUCACCAAAGGCUUAUCUGAGAUGGCCGCACUCGAGUUCUUGACCUUGAAAGUCUAUGUAUACGAUGCCAGCCAGUGGGAUGGUCGGCAAGAAGUGGAAGGAACUCAGCUGGAGGUUUUGCGAAAGGUGGCCGAUGCCUGUCCCAGACUGCGUUACGUACGAAUGCAGCUGAGCAACCUCGCCGGCGAUUACCAAGCGUUCGACCCGAAUACAUAUCCAGUGCCUCCUGCCAUUGAUGGUCUCAGCCGGUCAUGGAAGAUUGAUCGCAAGCGCAUACCUGGUUCCCGCUCCAGGAGACUCCACCCCUAUUCCACCAUUCUCGAUGCGGAGGCCGACAAGUCGCUGCGCCCGCAGAGCAUGUGGAGCGAGCAAGAGAAGAGAGACCAGUAUAUCACUGAGACGCCACAACUAUUGGAAUAUCACGCGCCUUUGUGGAUGAAAUAG